AUGGUGGAGGGGCUGCUCUGGCUCAGGACCACGGAGAGCAGCCGGGUGGGUUGGUGCUGGCUUUGCCGUUGCCUGGGGCUUCAGGAUGCAGUUGUGUGCCUCUUCCUCAGAGCCCUGUUCCAGAUCUCGGCGCAGAUGGGCACAGUGGGCACCCUGGGGCAGGCUGGGCUGAGGUGGGUGACCGGCGUCCGUGGCACCGCCGGCCUGGAUGGAGGGAUCCGGAUAAAGAAGGGCCAGGACCUCAGGGUGCAUCUGAACACACCCGAGGAGGCUGUGGAGCUGCUCCGCUUCAGCUCUCAGCUGUUUCUCAUCACUGGGGAUGGCAUGAGGAGCCUCAGUCACGCUCACAUCCCUUCUGAGGCCCAAUCCUGUACCGACAAGGAAGUGUCCCGCACUUGGGGCUGGCAGCUGUGCACUGAAGUGAGCUGGCCUCCAGCCAGGCAGCCCUACCUGCUCUCCGUGCCUGUGUUUGCAGCUGUGAUGCUGAAGAAGCAGGACCGGGGGCUCCAACACUAUCUGCUGGAAGCUGCCUAUACCCUCCACCACCCGAAGGACUGCUGGCUCCCUCAAGAAGCCUCAGCGCACGUCUUCAUGGGCACGCCCAGGUCGGAAGUGCCCAGGGACGUCGGGGUGGAUGUCAGCUACAGCUGGCCCCAGAGGAAGUUCCGGCUCAAGCUUCUCCAUCCCAAGAAGAAAAUUGAGCUGGAUGGAAAGUUUGACAUUCUGCAAAGUGCCUGCAUGGGUCACCUGGAACUGAUACUGGACGACAGGGACGUCUACUACAUCAAGGGCCGGAGCAACCUGUGGCCAGCAGCAGGUGGUGAGGCUCAGCGGAUCGAGGCCCAGCUGGAGGUGAAACUGGUGACAUCGGGCAGCCCUGUGGUCCUCGCUGGGAACCUCAGCCGGCAGGCAGGCAGCAGGCUGGCCUUCUCCAUGUCACUGAGCAACCUGCUGAGUGACCAGGCCCACGUGUCAGCACUGCUGGCGAAGAAGGCGGAGGAAGGGCAGCAGGUGGUGGCUCUGGGUGGCGAGCUCUUCGUGCCAGGGCUUGUGGGGCUGCGCACCCUAGGCCUGCUGCAGCAGCGGGCCCGCCUCUGGACCAGCUCCCUGAGGAUCAAGUAUGGCCUCCUGGGUCAGGCGAAGCAGCUGGCACAAGAGUGCAGCACCAGGCAGAAACUGCGGGUGGAGAGCGGCUCAGAGGCCACCUACAAGCUGCAGCUGGACCUCGAGCUCCACUGCACGCAGAUCCCAGCAUUCAGCCACAAGGUCCAGCUGCGGCAUGAGGAGGGCUCAGGCCACCUCCACUGGGAGCUGGAGGCGAGCUAUGGGAGGCGCUGGGAUGACAGCCGCAACGAGAGGCACCUCUGCAUCAGCCAGACCUUCCAGAACGACUCGGGCCCAGCCCUGAGCAAUUACUUCAUGGAGUUUGUGCUGCAGGUGCCCGCGAGGCAGGUGGAUUGCCAUACGCAGCUGCACCACUUGACCCUCCGCCAGCCCCACGUGGAGAGCAGCACAUACGUGAAGGUGCAGUACAAUGGGCGGCUGCCCUUUGUGGCAGGCUUGCAGUGGAAGGACACAUCCAGGGCCACCCUGUGGAAGUGGGAAGGAGCCUUGAACCUGGAUAGUCCAUGGCUGAUGGUCUCGGCGGCUCACAGGCUGUACUGGCCCCACCGAGCCACGAUCCAGGCUGUUUUGGAGCUGACGCUGGGCAAGGCCUGGACCCUCAAGAAUCUGGUGAUGAACAUGGCCUGCAAGAGCCAGGGCCUCCACAGGGAGGGCAAGAUCUACGUCUACACCCCAGCUACCACCUACCUCCAGGUUUCCACAGUGACAGCCGUGGCACAGAGCAUCUUUCGCAGCUGGAGUAAAGUAGAAUCAGCCUGGAGUGCAGCAAUGCAGGGUGAGAUCCAUGCCGAGAACAGCCAGGACCGUAAGAUCCUUCACGGCUGGUUGAAGGGCCCCCAGCAGGAGUUGAAUUUAACGGUGGCUUACAGGCAUACAGAGCAGCCAUGGAAGAACCACGUGUUGCUGAUGGCUCUGGGGGCCAGUGCCGAGGGCCAGCCUCAGGGCCUGCAGCUGGAGGGCGAACUGGAGGAGCUAAUGCAAGACAGGAGGUUGUACCAGAAGCAGGGGACUUUCUUCCUUAGGCACCCGUGGACUCUGCCCAUCCCGCAAAGCAUCCUCCUGCAGGAGACCUUCACGGCAGACAGGCAGCACCAGCGUUACUCCCUGGAGACGAGGGUUGUUCUGGAUGGCCAGGAGGAGACCCUGCAGACCGUAGUCCUGGGCUACCAGGCUGGGCACCCAUAUGUGUGUGUGUGUGUGGUUCACCCAUACAACAGCAAGGCCAUCCCCAGGAGCUUGGAGGGGUGCGUGGUUGCGUGGAACCGGCACAUCGCUAAGAACAAGGACGUCGAGGUCACUCUGAAAGUCAACCAGAAAGUCUUGCUGCACUUGAAGGGUCUGCACCAUGACCGAUCUCGGCGUGGGGAAGUCUGGCACAGCCUGGCCCUGGAUGUGGCUCACUCCUCCCAGAUACCCAUCCCCGCAUCGGGCAAAUGCUGGCGGAGUCACCAGGGAGCAUUUGACUGCGGUGUGGAUGCACGGGCUGCCAUCAACCACAAUGUCAUGUCCCAGGUGCAGGCAGCUGCUGGGCGCUACAAAGAGCACAACCUCAACAGCUCCCUGUCUGUGCACGUGUCUGGUGAGGUGCUCGUUCUGCUGGAGGCCACUGCCAGCCAGGAUACCUGGAGGAGCAGCCGGGGCUGGGGCAUGAGCGUCCUUCUCCGCCAGGAGGUCCUCAGAGCCCCCAGAGCUGUUCAGCUGCAGCUGUCCGGCAAGGUCGCCCCAGACAGGAUUUGGCUGUUUUCCAAGGCACUGCUAGACCAGAACACAGUGCAGCUUUUUCUCAAGGCAUCUGAAGAGCAGAGGGGAGGCCAGGUCCUGACCCUGCAGAGCCAAGCCCAGCAUACCUGGGCAGCCAUGCCCCGUCUUCUGACCCUCACAGGUGUGCUGAAGCAGAAGGAGACACUCACAGAAGGUACCAUCAAGGUCACUGCCGACUCAGCUGUGCUGGGAUUCCUCUUGCGGGACAAGCAUGAGAAGGCAGGGAACAGCACCAGUGUGCACAGUGUGACCUGCAUCCUUGUCCAGAAUGGCAGCCGGGCCUUGCCAGGAGAGCUCCAGCUGAGGGGGCGACUGCAGGCUCAGAUGGGGAGCCUUGAGGGCCAGGCCAGCCUCCAUGCUGACACGGCCAGCCUAGCUCUGGGUGGAGUCUGCAUCUGGGGCCCUGGGCACGGCCAGCUCUCGGUCACACUGAGUCACAACAUCAGCACCUUGUGA